AUGCUUUUGCACCAGUGGGAAGGCUUUGCACAGCGUAGCGACAUGCGUGCACGUGGGCGAGGACAACGGAAACCGAGGCGUCUGCAGCGCGUUCCAAACUGCAAAAGCCCUGCGUUGCGUCAAACCCCGCUAAACGUCCCAUAUUCUGCAGUGCUCCCCGAACACCUCCCCGCAAUCGCCGUUCAAAACCAGAAGCCACCCAUUCACACGUCUGCUCGGCCCGCCCGUGCACCAACCCGCAUUGGACUCCCUACCGCAACGCCUUACAGAACGAACUUGGGAUGGGUCUGCUGUGAGAUCCGUGCUACGUCUCUCGCCGCCCUCGCUAAUAUCAUAUCAAGUGCCCUAGGAACGCCUCUUGACUGGCCAGAGGCCAAGAAAGUUGCUGGUCAGCAACUGCUCGCCAUCUGGCGCAAUGCCAAAGGCAAGGAGAGGGAUGCGCUCCUUUGGGGUGACGAGAUCGAGUACUUGGUUGUUUGCUAUGAUCAAGACAACCACAAGGUCCGAUUGUCGCUCCGCCAGGCAGAUAUCCUAGCUGCGCUGGCCAACGACGAGAAACUUCUGCAGCAAGGCGGCGGGGUACCUGACCUACAAACCGGAAACGCCGACGCAAAGGAUAACCCUGCACCGGUCUUCCAUCCCGAAUUUGGGAGGUUCAUGCUGGAAGCAACUCCCGGAAAGCCAUGGGGCAUUGGCUUCAAGGACCUGCUUGAUGUUGAACCAAACAUGAAAUGGAGACGAGCCAUAGCCAAGGAUCACAUGGCACAGAGCGAGUUUCCAAUCACAUUGACGACAUUCCCUCGUCUCGGAUCGGCCGAUUGUAUCGUACCAUCAUAUCCUGUUUCUGGGCCCAAGCUACGAUCCCAGUUUGUACCGGAUGAAAUUGCCAACCCGCAUAUUCGCUUUCCUACCCUAGCGGCAAACAUUCGUUGGCGCAGGGGCCGGAAGGUCGAAGUAAAUGUCCCAGUCUUCAAGGACGAGAGCACACCGUGGCCGUGGAAGGAUCCUACAGUCAAUUAUGACAUGCACAACUGGCCUGAAGAUGACGACGUUCGCAAUGGUGCUGCCAAGGACAACUACAUCCACAUGGACGCCAUGGCGUUUGGUAUGGGAAGCUGCUGCUUGCAGAUUACCUUCCAAGCAAAGAACAUUGAGGAAGGAAGGAAGAUGUACGAUCAGCUCAGCCCGAUAGCACCCAUCUUGUUAGCAUUGACGGCGGCGACACCAAUCUAUAAGGGUUUCCUGGCCGACACCGAUGUGCGAUGGAACCAAAUUAGCAGAGCGGUCGAUGACCGCACACCGGAAGAACUAGGAGAGAAGCCGCUCAAGAACGACCGAUGGAGACUACCCAAGUCGCGCUAUGCGUCAAACUCAACCUACAUUUCCCAGGAUCCUCGCUUGCGGCCUCAGUAUCUCGACCCGGAUCUCAUUAUCGACGCCGACAUCAAGCAGCGCCUGGUUGAGGGCGGCAUGGAUGAUCUUCUUGCGACACAUUUUGCUCACCUCUUCAUUCGUGAUCCUAUUGUCGUUUUCGCAGAAGACCUCCAGGAUUUGGACCUUACCAAAGCCGACCACUUUGAAAACUUGCAGUCAACCAACUGGCAGCACAUGCGCUUCAAGCCACCGCCAGCUGGUUCUGACAUGGGUUGGCGUGUUGAGUUCCGUCCGAUGGAGAUUCAAAUUACUGACUUCGAGAACGCUGCCUUCUCGAUCUUUAUCGUGCUUCUGACCCGUGCCAUCCUCUCGUUCAAUCUCAACUUCUACAUACCCAUCACAUUGGUGAGCGAAAACAUGGAAACAGCACACAUCCGCGACGCCGUAUCGACACAGAAAUUCUGGUUCCGAAAGAAUCCCUUCUCGACACACAAGCCCAGUGGAACAGGUACAUCGACACCUGUGAGGAACGGCAGUCGUCCAGCGACGCCUACCGGCCCUGUUGAGGAAGAGUAUGAGCAAAUGUCAGUCAACGAGAUUAUCAAUGGGCAGACAAAUUCAACCGAUGGCAAUGGCUUCCCCGGCCUUAUUCCGCUUGUUGAGUCUUAUCUCAACAGCAUGAACGUCGACGUUGAAACGCGCUGCGAUCUCGCCACCUACUUGGAUUUGAUCCGUAAGCGCGCUAAUGGUACAUACUGGACUGCGGCCAAGUGGAUCAGGCAUUUUGUCCAAACACAUCCGGCGUACAAAAAAGAUAGUGUUGUUGGAGACGAUAUCACGUACGAUCUUGUCAAGGCUGCAGAGCAGAUUACUCGUGAAGAGGGCCGGGAUGGGUUAGGCAAGGAGAUGCUGGGAAAGCGACGUUGAAUCUAAACAAAACCUCGGUGAUACAUAUAGAAGGGGAUGAAAUGUCUUGAGACUUAUUUCCCCGAAAUGCGAUUUUGAAAAGUUCGAAGCAUGUAGAUAGACGGUGUAACGAGGUAUACCAGCAAUAGGUCCGUCAGCU